GUCUUCACCGUGGUGUCGGACACACGCCGUGCUCGCUGCAGAGUACUGACGUGGAGCUGGCGCCGCUUUAAACAUACACAUUCACACAGUUUUAGAUAAAGCAAUAUUUUCGGGCUUUAUUGCGAUAUCUCCGGUCUCACGUGACAUUCACAACCACUAGCCGGAUACUUCAAAGAGUUAACGUUAUAUAUUUUUUUAAAAAUUUGUAACGUUUGCUCGCGACAAGUUUUUCAGUUUUGUCUAGCAAAAUAUAUAUUUUGUAUUAUUUCCUUAAAAACAUAAAGUUAGCCACAUUACCUCUAACGUCUGUUUCACUGUUGGCAACCAUGAGCUGUGUGAAGGAAGAAGCUCGCAGUGCGUCCCCCCACUGCCCCAAACCAGAUGAGUCUGAGGAGCCGCUGGGCACAGCCAUGGAGACCGAAGCUGCAAAGGGUGUGAGUGUGAAAUCUGAGAACGUGAAGUCUGAAGUGGUCAUUACUAAGGAGAUGGAGGAGGAAGAAAAGCAGCUGAUGGAGGAAGGGGAGAGGAUAGAAAAGGAGAUGAUGGAAAAGGCCCGGGAAUCAUGGGAGAGGGAUUCUCAUGACAUGCGCUUCAAGAGACUGCAGCAUCUGCUUCAGAAGAGCAACAUCUACUCUAAAUUCCUGCUGACUAAGAUGGAGCAACAACACAAUGAGGAGAAACUCAGGAAGGAGAAACUUGAAAAGAAGGUGAAGAAGAACACAAAUGGUGCAGAGCCUGAUAAAGAUAAAAAGAAGAGGAGGAGGGAUGAAGACUACAAAAUCUCAGAUGUCAUGUCAAAAGAAGAAAUAAUGUCGCAAGCUAAGAAAGCAAAAGUGGAGGAAGCGGACGAGGCACCGGCCAAGAAGAAACUAGAAGCCGAGGAUAUCGAGAAGAUGAGUGACUCCAACGAAGACAUCAAGAAUCGUCUGUCUGAGACGGUGCGAGACAAUGCCAGGCAUCUCCUGCAUCCUGAGAGGAAGGUGAACGGCCAGCCGGUCCCCACCCAGCAACCUCAGCUCUUCACCGGAGGGGUCAUGAGGUGGUACCAGAUCGAAGGCAUUGAAUGGCUCAGGAUGCUGUGGGAGAACGGCAUUAACGGGAUCUUGGCCGAUGAGAUGGGACUGGGAAAAACCAUCCAGUGCAUCGCUCACAUCGCCAUGAUGAUAGAAAAGAAAGUGAUGGGUCCCUUCCUAGUGGUGGCCCCUCUCUCCACUCUGCCCAACUGGAUCAGUGAAUUCAAGCGCUUCACACCAGAGGUGUCUGUGCUGCUUUACCAUGGCCCCCAGCCAGAACGGGCCAAGCUACUGAAGCAGAUCCGCAGAACUCAGGGAACCCUCAACAUGUGUCCUGUGGUUGUCACCUCCUUUGAGAUCUCCAUGAUUGACAGAAAAUUACUGCAGCGCUUCCAGUGGAAGUACCUGAUAGUGGACGAGGGCCACAGGAUCAAAAACCUCAACUGUCGGCUGGUGCGGGAGCUGAAGAUGAUGCCCACUGACAACAAGCUGCUGCUGACGGGCACGCCACUGCAGAACAACUUGGCUGAGCUCUGGUCCCUCCUGAACUUCCUCCUGCCAGAGGUGUUUGAUGACCUCAAGAGCUUUGAGUCGUGGUUUGACAUCGACACCCUCGGCGAGGCAGAGAAUGUGGUGGCUGCUGAGCGCGAGCAGAACAUCCUGAGCAUGUUGCACCAGAUCCUGACUCCGUUCCUGCUGAGGAGGCUCAAGUCAGAUGUGACGCUGGAGGUUCCUCCUAAGAAGGAGAUCAUUGUUUAUGCACCCCUGACAGCCAAACAGGAGGCCUUCUACUCCGCUGUGGUCAACAAAACCAUCGCCAAGAUGCUGGGCCAGGAGAAGACGGAGGCUCCUGUAGCUCUGACGGCGAGUGGCAGGCCGAAGCGUGCCAGUCGAAGGCUUGUGGACUACGAAGAAACAGACGGAGACACGCUAUAUGACCUGGAGAAAUAUCUGGAGAGGGUCCGUAAGGAGGCGGCGCAGAGCUCCCCUGCGGUGCUGGAUGUCCAGAGCCCGCUGGAUGCCCAGAUCAACCUGAAGCUGCAGAACAUUCUCGUCCUGCUAAAGAGAUGCUGUAACCACCCCUACCUGGUGGAGUACCCCCUCGACCCCGCCACACAGGAGUUCAAGAUUGAUGAGCAGCUCGUGCAGUGCUCUGGGAAGUUUCUGAUACUGGACCGACUGCUGCCUGCGCUGAAGAAAAGGGGACAUAAGGUGCUGAUCUUCAGUCAGAUGACCUCCAUCUUGGAUCUUUUGAUGGAUUACUGCUAUCUGCGGGGCUUCCAGUACAGCCGACUGGACGGCAGCAUGUCAUAUGCUGACAGAGACGAGAACAUGACAAAGUUUUCCAAAGAUCCAGAGGUGUUCCUGUUCCUGCUGAGCACCAGAGCAGGAGGACUCGGGAUCAACCUGACAGCCGCUGACACUGUCAUCAUCUUCGACAGUGACUGGAACCCCCAGGCAGACCUGCAGGCUCAGGACCGCUGUCACCGCAUCGGGCAAACCAAACCAGUGGUGGUGUACCGCCUGGUCACAGCCAACACCAUCGACCAGAAGAUCCUGGAGAGGGCAUCAGCCAAGAGGAAGCUGGAGCAGAUGGUCAUCCACAAGAAUAAGUUCAAAGGCGGGAAGGCAGAGCUGAACCAAAGUAAAAGCUGCAUUGAUCUGGACGAGCUGAGGGACUUGCUCAAAACCAGAGGCACUGAGAAGGAAGUGAAGGCAUCGAAGGGGAAAGUGAUCACCGACAAGGACCUGGAAGUUCUGCUGGAUCGCAGCGACCUGCUGGACAAAGAAAAGGCAAGCAAGAAGAAAGAGAAGGUGGGAGUCUUCAGAGUGAUUGACGCUGAACAGUCGUCGGAGAUCACACUGACCUGAGAGAGCUUGAAAUCGUCUGAUUUGAACUUGUGACCACAUUCCCUCUGCUGCACAUGGACGGCUCACCGCUGCCGUCCUGUGUAGUAGUUUUAAAGCUUAAAGAAAACUCUGAAACUGCUGUUUGUAGACUUUGAAUAGUGAAUUUUUGUCUUUUUACUUUCUUAACUGCCUUCAUAGCUGUUUUAAUAAGCUUUUCAUUGUACUGUUUUUGUGUUGAACAUAGUCUGUGCUUAACUAUUGUCCCCCAUUAAGAUUUUAAUGUACUUUGGUCUUUUGAAAGGCCGUCCAGACUUUGUCCAAUCAUAAAAAUGUCCAGCCAAAAGAAGAGAAAACAAUGAGUUCAUGCUCUUCCUCGCAGUGACAUUAAUAUGAUCAUUGGGCACUAGAACGUUCCAGUGAAA